CUCUCCAUAGAAAAAAGUAAAAACAAUUCCCAUUUUCUUGCCCCUGUCUUUGUAAACUUCUCCAAAACUUCUUCUUGUCUCUCUGCACCUUGCUCUUUCGUGUACAAUUCUUAUUUAGACAAGUCUUUGCUUUUCAACGUUGUUUUCUUGGUAUUGUUUCAUUUGACACAUUGAAUUCUAAGGGAAAAAAAUGUCGAAUCCCGACGACCCAACAUUAAAGGAGGCUACAGCACCACCUACGGCGGCCGGCGAUGUGGAGAACCAGACAUCAGGGACGGGGUUCGGGGUGUCGGAGAUUGUGACGCGGUGGAGGAGAGAGGAUGUUCUGAAGAGAGGUUCAUUGGCUUUGCGAGUUUUUGGUCUGCUUUUUUCAUUGCUUGCUUUCAUUAUCAUGGCUAGUAAUGAACAUGGCAAUCGGAAAGACUUCGACAAAUACGAAGAAUACAGGUAUGUGUUGGCUAUAGCGAUUCUGUCUUCUUUGUAUACAGGAUUGCAAGCAAUUAGACAAGUCUAUGAACUUUGGACUGGUAGACAGUCGUUUCCGAGAAGAAACUUGGCGUUGCUGGACUUUUUUGGGGAUCAGAUUGUGGCAUACUUGUUAUUAUCAUCAGCAUCAGCUGCGGUUCCAUUGACGAAUAGUAUGAGAGAGAAUGUGGACAACAUUUUUACAGACUCCUCUGCAGCAGCCAUCAGCAUGGAAUUCCUGGCGUUCCUCUCACUUGCAUUCUCGGCUCUCAUCUCUGGCUAUAAGCUUUCUAACCAAUCUUAUAUCUAAAUGAGCUAUACUUUGCUUUUCUAUUCUUGAAGUUGUUAUUGCUUCAUUUGUCAUUCUACACGAUAAAUUUGACACAUGUAAAUUUGUGUUUAAGUUCAUAGGCCUUUGGCACUCUUCAUGUAUUUGUUCUUCCAAGGGAAGGUUCAUUUUAUAAAAUGAAAUUAGUAGUCUCUCUCUUUCUCUCUGAAAGCUUUUAAACUCAAUUUGUAGUUUUCAGUUAGUCCAAAGGAAUUAUGAUAUGCA